AUGACCACGACCACGACACGCACACUGGACGAGGACGAACUGUACCGCCGCUCGACACAGUUCCGCUUCUGGUCCUUCUCACCCGAACAACUCGCCGCUCAACGCCGAAAGACGCAUGACCUCGCCCUCGCCCGCGCCCAGCAAUAUCUCGGCGGACAGCAGAAUGGCGGGACGACAGCGGGAGCAGAGGCAGCGGCAGCGACAUGUCUCACCGAGGACGAAGAGCUGCGACUGGUGCAAAAGUACUGCGAUGUGCUGCGGGUGACGGGCGUGCACAUCCAGUGGCAGGCGCACAUCUACACGACGGCCAUUCAAUACUUCAAGCGCUUCUACCUCAACAACAGCUGUAUGACCUAUCCGCCCAAGGAAAUCUACAAGACGGUCAUGUUCCUCGCCAGCAAGACCGAAGCCACGCACAUCACGCUGUCCAAGUUCUCUCGAUCCAUUAGCGCCGACCCCGAAGCGGUUCUGGCGCCCGAGUACAAGGUCAUGCAGGCUCUGCGCUUCAUGCUCGAUGUGCGUCAGCCAUACAGAGGGCUCAAAGGCGCCCUGAUGGAGCUGCUGAACAUGGCCGAGGGACGGAAGCAGUUGGUGGAGAGAAUCCAGCUGGCGUGGCAAGCAGCGAAGAACUUGCUGGAUGUGGAGGCCCUACUCACCGAUGUCUAUUUUCUCUACACGCCUUCACAGAUUCUGUUUGCCGCACUUCACGUGGCCGACACGCCACUGCUCACCUACUUUCUGGACGCCAAGUUGCCUCUGCAAUUACCGACGCGCCCCCGAAUCUUGGCUGCCAUUGAAAGCUGCUCAGUGAUGCUGGCUUCUUACGACCCCAAGAGUAACAUUUCCAAAGAUGAGCGCGCCGCACUGGAGAAGAAGCUCGAAGGUUGUCGAGAUCCCACUACGAGAGAUCUCGUCAAGGCAGCUGCUGUCGCAAAGCGCAACGGAGCCGAAGAGGGCGCCAUAGACGACGCCAAGGCCAACAAGAUCAAGGCGGAGCGUGCGAAGAACGACAAAGACAUGGACGGACUGUUCGGUCCAAGUUUGGGCGGUCCAGGCUGA